AGUAGCGGCCGCAAGAUGCUGUUCGCUUCAAUCGCCGCCACCGCGGUGAUGCUGGCGCUAGUCCAGGGACAGGCUAUCGAUUUUAGCUUUGCGGGUACCUGUGCGAGUCGGGACUUUGGUUUUGGAACGUGCGUGACACCUGACAAGUGCCGACAAGCCAACGCGGAGCGGACGCGGAGCUGCGACGGACAGGUUUGCUGCCCCCGCAACCAGCUGAUUCUGACAACCACCGCGGCCCCGGACGCGUCGGAGACUUUCCAGCAGCUGGUGCAAGAAUGCGGCCGAGUGCAGCCCGGCGGGGUCAUCUUCAGCAGGUCCAUCCGCAGCGUUCGGCGGAUGCAACCGGUCAUAGAAGCUGCGCCAGAUUUCCCCAUCAUGCCAGUGGUCGGCGGUGUGCCAGCCACUCCGAGCAAGUGGCCGUGGAUGGCGCUGCUCGGCGAGCGGAAGGAAGGCGAAACGCGCUGGACCUGUGGCGGCACGCUCAUCGCCCCCAGCACGGUGCUGACGGCGGCGCACUGCGUCAACGGCCGACAGCCGCCCCAGCUGGUCGUGCGGCUGGGCGAGUACAACAUCUCGCACACCCGAGACGGCCGCCACCAGGACCUCGGCGUGUCCCGUGUCGUGCUCCACCCGGCCUACCGGCGCUCGCAGAAUGAUGUGGCGCUGCUGCUGCUGUCCCGGCCGGCGGCGCUGGGCGCGCGCGUGCAGCCCGCCUGCCUGCCGCCGCCCGACGCCGACCACACGGGUCAGGAGGCCGACCUGGCCGGCUGGGGCCGGGUCCAGUUCGCCGGCAGCGUGCCAGAGGCGCUGCAGGAGGUGCGUCUGCAGGUGGUGGACCCGGCGCAGUGCGAGCGCAACUACCGCGAGGCGCCGUCUUUCGAUACCUUGUUCCCCGGCGGUUUCCAGGGCACCAAGGUAUGCGCCAACGGCCGCGACGGCACGUCCAAGGACGCUUGUCAAGGCGACUCUGGCGGCCCUCUGGUGAUCCAGGGCGCCGACGAUCGUUACCAGGUGAUCGGUGUCGUCUCCACCGGCCUGGGCUGCGGAAACCCAAAGUAUCCGGGCAUCUACACCAAGGUGUCCAAGUACAUCCCCUGGAUCGUGGACAACAGCCAGCGGCAGUGACUCUAAUAACUCCAGUAGGACCACAGCGUUGCUGGUGGCUCUCCAAUCGAGCACGUUUCUGAUCGAAAUGCGAUGUCUUAACAUGUAUUAAGGCAACCGCGGAAUAAUAUAUAUAAUAUGUAUGAUAUUGUUGUCGUUGAGACUUUGCGACGCACUCGACGACGCACUUUGCUGAGGUUAUAUGGCGCGCGCCUGCCUCUCACCCUGGCAGGAAGGGCGGGCACCGCGGGGAAUCGAACCGCGCACCUCUGGCUCCCCAGACGUGCAGUGGUUAACGCAGACGCGUUACCCAAUACGUUACCGGCAUCCUAUCUGAAUGAUGUUAUGACCUGUGCGACAACUGCGUGGACUUUCUCUGGAUGAUAUAAGAUGAGAUGCGCAGUGCGGUAAUUGGUUCAUAUAUGUAAUAAGCGAUGCGCUCGCUGUUCAUCGCGUUGGUGUGCAUGGUUUCACCCGUUUAGCUAUUUCGAUGACCUCAAGUAUUUCUGUUUGAUGACAAGUGCUGCCUUAUCUACCUGUAAGCGCUUGCAUGGAGAUGAAAAUACGUUGGUUGCAUGGAACCUUGCGACUCAAGAGUUGAAGUAUUUUGGACGCGGGGAUGUGUUGUUACAAAAUACAGCUCGCCGCACAACUAAUUGUGCGAAAUAUGAGCGGUUUAGUAAAAGUUCAUGCGUCCCGCAUACAGCAAGUAAUCACAGCGUAGCAUAUGGCAGUGAGUCAUGACUAUGACUACUGGUUUGAUUAAUGACUAGGCGGCAUGGCAUAUGUCAGGAGUGCGGUAGGCAGGCUGGCGGACCAUGGUCGGCAACUUUGUAUACACAGGAACUGGGCCUACCGAAAAUAAAUCAUCGGCUUUGGGUUGAA